AUGACUGGCCGCUAUGAAGGACGUGUGGAACGUCAAAAUGAAUAUUUCAUCCCCGGCGAAGGAAUCAGCCGAGAAGUCAUUCAAGCAGAUAUCUGUCGCUACCUUGGAAACGAUGCCCUCGUGAGACCCGGCAACCACAAUGGCCGCCCAGGAUUCUUCAUCCGUGCCUAUCGGAAUCUCACAUCGGAGAUGAUUACUGAUCUGAAGGCAGACUCCGCCCGUUGGGAGGCGGAUGUCUCACGCCGGCGAGCUAUGCCCCCCGCGGCAGUCCAUGAGGUUCGCCAAUCACAGGGCCCAUCUCCCACGCCAUUUACUGCAGCACCUGCUCAGUCAUACAUGGACCCUUACUCUCAGGGCCCCUACAGUGGAUCCCAGAAUGCCCCAUACCCCAACCCUUCAUCCUACACAUCCACCACCCACUCGCCAUAUGCGGCAGGUACAGCUCCGUACCCUCCGCCCCAGGUUUCGUAUUCUGGUUCCAACCAGCCCGUCGUGACGGCUGCGGAUAUGCACCCCCAAUCGUACACAUACGCCCCCACAGGCUAUGGUUACGACAAUGGCCGAAGCAAUGCUCCCCGAUACCCAGGACCUGGAUAUGAAGCCGAACAGGAAUACUCUCCCGUAACUUCUGGGAUGUCUUAUCCCACCACUACUGCCCCGGAUCCCCGGAUAGGAAUGGAGCCCAGAUACACUCCAGAAUAUGAGCGCAGGCCACAAGCAACCAGAGACAACCCACACCGUCGGCGGUAG